ACAUACUUGUACCCAUACCCCGGAAUCCCGCAGCACCAGCCAGAGCUCAGCACCGUGCCCUCGUCCGGCCCGUUUCGUCCCUCCCUCCUCUGUCUGCGACAUCUCCGCCUGCUCUUCGACAAUACACACCCAGACUGACCCGAACACCACCCAUGAGAAGAGCCACAUCUUCUUGUGAUGAAGAUCUCUUCGAUCCUUCUUUACCCGUAUUGGAAAAUUAAACGCCCUUGGGACGACCAUGUCAAGCAGUUUGAGUAUCUGGACUGGGAGUCACAGCGCAAGCUCGCUAUCCGGCAGAUAGAUAAGGAUGGCUUCGGAUACUGGACUGUCUUCGUGGCCGGCGCCGGAUUCUUGACGGACGCCUACGAUAUCUUUGCCGUCAAUGCAAUCCUGCCCAUGCUCAGCGUUGUCUACUGGGGCGGGAAUAUGCCAAAGGACCAGGAGCUCUUGAUUAACCUGGCCGUCCUCGUCGGCACCUUCAUCAGCCAAUUUGUCGUUGGCGUUCUGGCCGACCGAUUUGGACGGAAACGCAUGUACGGAAUCGAACUGUGCAUUCUCACCUUUGCCACCGUCUUCGUCGCGCUCACCUCCGAAGGUGCGCUGCGUAGCACCAACCGGCUCGCCUGGAUCGUAGCGUGGAGAUUCAUCAUGGGACUUGGCAUAGGUGGUGACUACCCUCUUAGCGCCGUGAUAACGUCCGAGUUUGCGCCGCGGAAACACAGGGCUCGCAUGCUGGCUACCGUCUUCUUCAUGCAACCCAUCGGCGCCCUGCUUGCCAACGUUGUUUCCGUAAUCACUGUCUUGAUCCUUCGCGAGCGCAUCGCGCCAGACAUCAUGGUUACGCAAUGUACCGGCGAAUGUGCCGAGGCCGUCGACCUUAUGUGGCGAUGGAUUGUUGGGCUCGGGGCGGUGCCGCCUGCCUUUGCCAUUCUCCUUCGCUGGUGGAUUCCGGAGUCACCGCGCUACACGCUCGAGGUGGAGAUGAAUCCAGAACAGGCGUCGCAAGACGUACAGGAGUACUACGAUGUCGUCAUGACGCCCACGCCACGCCCCAGUGAAGGCCUGGUCGAACCUAGUCUUCACCCACGCUCUGCCAACAACGAGGCCAUGAAUCACUUCUCGCCAAGCACCGAGGCAACUUUGACUUUUGGGGAGCCUAUGGUGCUCAAGGACCUACAGCUGACUGAACCAGCCAUCGCCAUCCAAGGCAGUCAAGAGUCGCGUAUGGUGCGUAAGGAGACUUGGGUUGAGUUCCUCGCGGGGUUCCGCAGGUAUCUGUUUGAUGAAGGUAACUGGACCGACCUCGCUGGCACCGCCAUCUCCUGGCUCGUCCUCGACUUUGCCUUCUACUUCCUCGGCGUCAACUCGCCCAAGAUCUUGUCCAAGCUGUGGGGACUUGGCCCCAUGUCUAGCCAUCCGCUGCACUCUAUGCUUCUCGAGAACGGGUACCGAGCCCUUAUCGCCGUCUCCACCGGCGCUGUUGUCGGUGGUGCUCUGUUCAUCUUGCUCGCCGAGUCGCGGUGGCAUAUCCAAUUCUACGGCUUCGCAAUCCUGGCCGGCCUGUUCGUCAUCGUUGGUGUCUGCUUUGUGACUCUGGUCGACACCAGAUACUCGUCCGCCGUCAUCGUCUUAUACGCUGUCUGCAAUCUAUUCUUCAACUUCGGUCCCAACACUUCGACGUUCAUCAUUGCAGCCGAAGUCUUCCCCACAAAGUACCGUUGCACCUGCCACGGUCUGUCUGCCGCACUCGGCAAGUUUGGCUCCAUCGUCGCACAAAUCUUUCUUACAUACGCUCAAUUUGGCGGCAAGGGUGUCAAUGAUGUACACUCCACCUGGCUUGGUUGGGUGCUCCUUGUUUUCACUAUUUGGAUGGUCGCCGGCGCCAUCGUCACUCUUCUCUGGGUGCCCAACCCGAGCAAUAUCUGGAGCCAGAGUCGCACGCUUGAAGAUCUGAGCCUUGGCAAGCAUGCGCGGAAACGCUACGAGAAGCAGGAGAAGGAGGCCUGGGAUGCCUUCGUGCCCGGCAGCCCAGGCCCGACGCCACCGCUCUUUGCGGGCACUGCAAUUGUGUCAAGGUGAAGAGGGUUUGGGUAUUAUGGUUUGGUCUUUUGAAGUGGAUAGGUCUUUUAAUGGGCGUUUUGACGGAGGCUUACUUUCCUUUACGCUUUACUUCCGCCCACAAAGAAAAAGGGUCGAAUAAAAAAGAAAGCGUUGAGCCAAAUAUCACGGAGUUGUCUUCUUGACACGGUAAUUUUGGAAAAGAAGAGGUGGGGGGCUGGUUCCCAACGUUUCCCUCUUUUUCUCUCCCCUUGGCUCAUCUUUUCCUAUUUGUGAAAAAAGGAUACCCAUAUCUUUUUAUGAGUUUGAGGACAACUUUGACCCCAUCCCUUAUUUCCUCCCCUAUUCUCGUUCCUUUUGGUUGCGAUACCCCACUGACCCUACACCGAUAUGUACAUAUCUCCUAGUCUUCAUUCAUCGAGCAGAUGUUGACUUCUGGGCAUAUAAAUAUAUAUAUGGAGCGAGAUAAUUAAGAGCAAAAUCAAGAACUGGAACUAUUUA